CUCACCAACCGCAAAACGCUUAUUAGUUAUUACCUUCUCAAUUCCUCAGCCACCAGCCACGACUACCUUUUCGAUGCUUGAGGUUGAUAUUUGACGGAACACACAAAUUUAACCAAACCAAACCAAAACCAAACGCGUUUUAAAUCUAAAAACUAAUUGACAAACUCUUUUUGCGACUCAAACCAAAUUCACGUUUUCCAUUAUCCACCAUUAGAUCACCAAUCUUCAUCCAACGGUCAUCAUUAAACUCUCACCCACCCCUCAUACUUCACUUUUUUUCUCCAAAAAAUCAAAACUUGUGUUCUCUCUUCUCUCUUCUCUUGUCCUUACCUAACAACAACACUAACAUUGUCCUUCUUAUUUAAACGUCUCUUCUCUCUUCUUCCUCCUCAGAAAACCAAAAACCACCAACAAUUCAAACUCUCUCUUUCUCCUUUCACCAAACAAUACAAGAGAUCUGAUCUCAUUCACCUAAACACAACUUCUUGAAAACCAAUGGAUCAAAUCGAAGCAAUGUUGUGCGGCGGAGGAGAGAAGACAAAAGUGGCGGUUACUACGAAGACUUUGGCAGAUCCAUUGAAUUGGGGUUUAGCAGCGGAUCAAAUGAAAGGAAGUCAUUUAGAUGAAGUGAAGAAGAUGGUCGAAGAGUAUCGUAGACCAGUCGUGAAUCUUGGCGGAGAAACACUGACGAUCGGACAAGUUGCUGCCAUCUCCACCGUAGGAGGCAGCGUUAAGGUUGAGUUAGCGGAGACUUCAAGAGCCGGUGUGAAAGCUAGCAGUGAUUGGGUUAUGGAGAGCAUGAACAAAGGUACUGACAGUUACGGAGUCACCACCGGCUUUGGUGCUACUUCUCACCGGAGAACCAAAAACGGCACCGCAUUACAAACAGAACUCAUUAGAUUUUUGAACGCCGGAAUAUUCGGAAACACGAAGGAGACAUGUCACACACUGCCGCAAUCCGCCACAAGAGCCGCCAUGCUCGUCAGAGUCAACACUCUUCUCCAAGGAUACUCCGGGAUCCGAUUCGAGAUCCUCGAAGCGAUUACAAGUCUCCUCAACCACAACAUCUCUCCGUCACUACCUCUCCGUGGAACCAUUACCGCCUCCGGCGAUCUCGUUCCUCUCUCUUACAUCGCCGGACUUCUCACCGGCCGUCCUAAUUCCAAAGCCACCGGUCCCGACGGUGAAUCGCUAACCGCGAAAGAAGCUUUUGAGAAAGCCGGAAUCAGUACUGGAUUCUUCGAUUUACAACCUAAGGAAGGUUUAGCUCUCGUUAAUGGCACGGCGGUUGGAUCUGGAAUGGCGUCGAUGGUUCUAUUCGAAGCGAAUGUCCAAGCGGUGUUAGCGGAGGUUUUAUCAGCGAUCUUCGCGGAGGUUAUGAGCGGGAAACCUGAGUUUACCGAUCAUCUGACUCAUCGUUUAAAACAUCAUCCCGGACAAAUCGAAGCGGCGGCGAUAAUGGAGCACAUACUCGACGGAAGCUCAUACAUGAAAUUAGCUCAAAAGGUUCACGAGAUGGAUCCAUUGCAGAAACCAAAACAAGAUCGUUACGCUCUUCGUACAUCUCCUCAAUGGCUAGGUCCUCAAAUUGAAGUAAUCCGUCAAGCUACGAAAUCGAUAGAGCGUGAAAUCAACUCCGUUAACGAUAAUCCGUUGAUCGAUGUUUCGAGGAACAAGGCGAUUCACGGUGGUAACUUCCAAGGAACACCAAUCGGAGUUUCUAUGGAUAACACGAGAUUGGCGAUUGCUGCGAUUGGGAAGCUAAUGUUUGCUCAAUUCUCUGAGCUUGUUAAUGAUUUCUACAACAAUGGACUUCCUUCGAAUCUAACUGCUUCGAGUAAUCCAAGUUUGGAUUAUGGAUUCAAAGGAGCAGAGAUUGCUAUGGCUUCUUAUUGUUCUGAGCUUCAAUACUUGGCUAAUCCAGUCACAAGCCAUGUUCAAUCAGCUGAGCAACAUAAUCAAGAUGUGAACUCUCUUGGUUUGAUCUCGUCUCGUAAAACAUCUGAAGCUGUGGAUAUUCUUAAGCUAAUGUCAACAACGUUCCUUGUGGGGAUAUGUCAAGCUGUUGAUUUGAGACAUUUGGAGGAGAAUCUGAGACAAACUGUGAAGAACACAGUUUCUCAAGUUGCUAAGAAAGUGUUAACCACUGGAAUCAACGGUGAGUUACAUCCGUCAAGGUUUUGCGAGAAGGACUUGCUUAAGGUUGUUGAUCGUGAGCAAGUGUUCACGUAUGUGGAUGAUCCUUGUAGCGCUACGUACCCGUUGAUGCAGAGACUAAGACAAGUUAUUGUUGAUCACGCUUUGUCCAACGGUGAGACUGAGAAGAAUGCAGUGACUUCGAUCUUUCAAAAGAUUGGAGCUUUUGAAGAGGAGCUUAAGGCUGUGCUUCCAAAGGAAGUUGAAGCGGCUAGAGCGGCUUAUGGGAAUGGAACUGCGCCGAUUCCUAACCGGAUUAAGGAAUGUAGGUCGUAUCCGUUGUAUAGGUUCGUGAGGGAAGAGCUUGGAACGAAGUUGUUGACUGGAGAAAAGGUUGUGUCUCCGGGAGAGGAGUUUGAUAAGGUCUUCACUGCUAUGUGUGAAGGUAAACUUAUUGAUCCGUUGAUGGAUUGUCUCAAGGAAUGGAACGGAGCUCCGAUUCCGAUUUGCUAAGAGAGCAUUCCUCUGUUUCUGUUCUGUGUUUUUGUGUUUUGUUUCAAUUUUAAUUUUGCUGUGUUAAUGUUUGAAUUGAGUUUUUGAUUGUAAUGUGAAUGGUGUCACACCUUGUAUGAUAUAUAUGAUAUAAAAACUUACGUGUAAAACUCGUUGUUAACUUGUUACUUUUUAUGUUGGUAAAUGUGGAUUUGACACCGUUGACAAAAGACUUUAUGAUUUAUUUGUGUUUGGCUUC